CGUACAUAUACAAUAGACACACACUUUGAAGCAGCCGGCCUGGCCUUAUCAUCCAGAACUUCUUCGACUCAUCAUCUUUAGCUCUCUCUCCCCCAAACAAAGCUAAGAGAGAUAACCCCAUUUUUCAAAUUAUUGAUGUCUCAUCAUCAUCACUUCACUCCAGACAUGCAAAUCCUGAAACAACCAUUCUCUGCCCUCAGCAAUGAUCCGGCGGCAAUGGAAAUCAUGAAUCCUUUUCAAGACUUGAUAAACCCAAUCGGUUAUUCAGCAGAGCUCCCAUCCUUGAAUUAUCAGAGCUCAAUGGGAUUUUGCCCAGAAAGUUUUCUCCCCCCUGAAUUUGCUGCGAAUUUGUGUCAAAACUUCCCAGCCGACGGCCAUCAUCCCCUGCUGCAAAGUGAGAUGAAGACGAAGAAGAAAGCGGCGCCCAGAGCAGCCAAUCGGCCGUCUAUGAACUCCAAGAUCACCGACCAUACUCCGGAGAUCAGCAGCUUGACGCAUUCCGAGAGUGCCACCAAAAGCACCAAUUCAGGAGGGCGGCGGAAAAGAAAGAAGAAUGGUGAAGAAGAAGAAGAAGUACAAGUGGUGGAGGAGGAAGAGGAGAAGCAGCAGCAAAGGGAAGUGGUGCACGUAAGAGCUAAAAGGGGACAGGCUACGGAUAGUCACAGUUUAGCAGAAAGGGUUAGAAGAGAGAAAAUUAAUGAAAGACUUAGGUGCUUGCAAGAAAUUGUUCCUGGUUGCUACAAGACAAUGGGCAUGGCUGUUAUGUUGGAUGAAAUAAUAAACUAUGUGCAGUCUUUACAAAACCAAGUUGAGUUUCUUUCUUUGAAGCUAGCGGCAGCAAGUACCUAUUAUGACUUCAACUCCGAAAGAGAUCAUACAGGAACAAUGCAGAGAGCAAAAGCAUACGAGGGAUUGAAAAUGGAACGACUGCACGGGAGUGAAGGGGUAGCAAAUUCCAACCCUCUUGACCACAGCUCGGGGGGCAGCCCCUAUCCUUCUGUGCCGCACAGUUCUUAAUUUAUUAUUAUUGGUCAAGGAGAUGUCUUUCAUUCUUCUUUUUCGGUCACCAAUGUAUCAGAAUUUGUACAAAUGAAAUUCAAAUCCGAGAACUCUGUAUACAAAGUGGGAAUUUAAUGAAUUAAUAUAUUUUAGUUUAGAACUAUUUCAAAUAAAUAUAUUAUUUUGAAUAAGUAUUAUUGAUGGAGCUGCUUCUAUGAAAUUCUUUGGCCG